AUGAGCGAAAACGACGAUCUCCUGGCCAAGAUCGGCCAGCUUGCAGGCCAAAUCAACCGUCACAAGACGCAAGAAACUCAACCGGCUAAUCACCAUUCUCAAUAUGUGUCUCGCCAUGCUCCUUCUCACCCAGGAUGGGCCCCAUACUACCGGGGACGCGGCCGAGGACGUCGAGGAGCAGCUGCUCCUCACCGGCACCGUACGCUUAUUUUGAACACCGCAGGCGCCGGCUCAAAUACUAGUGCAAACUCCUCCCCCGCCCCGACAAGUGGCAAUGAGAGUGCAGCGGCACCAUCCUCGACUGGCAAUGGUUGGGUUGUAAAGCACGAUCGCCACAUGCAGCUGAUCAACCCCGCCGUCUACGAUCGGAAAACACAGGACAGAACAAAGGACAUGGAACGAACGCGCAAGCUUAGGGAACAGAAAAAAACCGAGUACGAAAAGGCGAAAGUACUUCGAUAUGCACAGGGUCCAGGUGCCAAUGCGAUGGUCUCCACCACUGCAAAUCCUGCAGCUGGCCAUCAGAUUCUUGUCAAUGGUGUCGCUUUCAGGGUUGCAAAUGGCGGAAGCAAACUGAUUCGUAUUUCGAAUGACCCCAGUACUGCCAACAAUACCCCCAAGCGCGUCACAGUGGCCGAUGUGUCCUUUGUGCGUAGCAAAAAUGGAAACCUGCACCGUCUCGGUGCUGUGGCUAUGAAGAAGAACCACACCGUUAAGAAACGCGAUGAGCUUUGCAAAAGAUUUACAACAACCGGCACAUGCUACAAAGGCCCAACUUGCCAAUUCGUCCACGACCCCAGUAAGGUCGCUAUGUGCAAGGACUUCCUUCAGACAGGCCAAUGUGCCGCAGGUAGUAGCUGUGAUCUAUCCCAUGAGCCAUCGCCCCACCGCUCCCCUACCUGUAUGCAUUUCCUUAGGGGACGCUGCGCCAACCCCGAAUGUCGCUAUGCCCACGUCCGCGUGACACCCGGUGCCCCCGUCUGCCGCGCCUUUGCAACACUAGGAUACUGCGAGAAGGGUGACGCGUGCGAAGAGAAGCACGUCCACGAGUGCCCGGACUAUGCCAACACCGGCACCUGCAACAAGAAGCGCUGCCAGCUGCCGCACGUCGACCGUGCGGGCCAGAUCCGCAAGGCUGCUGCUGCUGCUGCUAGUAAAGCUGACUUGGGUGAGGAUGACUCUGACCCGUCUAGCGAGGAAGAGAACUAUGAUGCGAUCGAUUCGGACGACGUUGACUCGGAUGCGUUCGAUGACACACCGGAAGAACUGAUCGAAGGCGUGGAUAGCGGCGAGAUGUCGCAGCAGCAAGAUUUUAUCCGCUUCUAA